AUGAGCGAUACAACAGUCAAAGACGAAAUCAUCUCAUCUUUGAAUAACCGAUCCUUGACGCACAGUUCGCCCCCAGAGGACUACGUCUCACAUAUCAAGAUAUGGGAGGAAAACCUGCCAACCAACGGGCAGGCCCCUGCAGAAGAAGGAGCACUAAAGCCUCGAUAUAUACUGCUCACUAGCGAGCUUUAUCCACAAGGCAAAGAGGAACACUAA